AUUACAUCCUUUCUUUUCCCUUUUUUUCUUCCGUUCUUUUUUAUUCUUCCCUUGACGAAUCCCCAUCACUUUUUUUUUCUUUUUACCCUCUCGUCCGACAAUCCGUUCACUGAUCAAGACCAUCAUUUCCUCUCAUUUUUUUUGCCACACGCACCCGUUUUCCUUGACGGUGUUCUCUUUUCUUUUUAUUGUCGCAGCACAGCCAUUCUUUACUUUAUCUUCAAUAUACAGUCCACUUGCAGCACCAUUGAUCGUUUUUUGCUGACGACGCCUCUCUUCUCCUAUCAACAAAGCCUUAAAUCGGAACCGUGUGCAUCGUACCCUCGUCUCCUUUUUUACUUUUUUUUUUGCUGAUGCUUCUUGCUCAUUGUGAUGGCGCAAAAUCAAACAUUUGAACCGUUCACGACGUACGCUUUUGGAAGACCGCUCGGGUACGAUGAAUUCAACCACAUUACGCAAGUGGACAAUGACACUGUGGUGGUGACGCCACGGUUCAAUACUACAGGAAAACGAGAGUUAAAGAUUGGCGUUUUACUGCCUUUUAGUCAAAAGGACGACAACUUUACGGCCGAGAUUGUAUGGGGGGGUUCUUCUGCUAUUCGUCUGGCUGUGAAUCAAAUUAAUCAAAAUAACCUGAUCUCCGGCGCUUACAUUUCGCUGAUCCAGAAAGAUUCCUUUCCUACCGGAAUAGCACAUCAAUCGGCCGUCACCGAUGCCGUCUACGCUUCGGUGACGCUGUUACAGCAAGGUGUGAUUGGUGUCAUUGGCGACGUAUCCAGUUCGUGGACCAGUCUCAGCGCUCUCAUGACAAGCACCCUCGAAAUUCCCCAAUGCUCUUUUACUGCUAGCGCCGUCGCUUUUUCCGACAAGACACAGUACAAGUACUUUUUUCGUACGGUGCCCACUGAAGUGAUUGUCGCCGAUGUCAUGUUUGCUUUUGCCGCCAAUCAAGGAUGGGGCAAAGUCGCUAUCGUUUACACGGACGACGCCCUUGGGCAACAAUUUUAUCAGCGUGCCAUUAUACAGGCCAACUUGAAGAACUUGCAUGUAAUCCACUAUCAACCGUUCCCUGACGCUGGAACCCCCAACGACAUGGAUCAACUGUUGUAUAACGUCACCACCACCGGCGCACGGAUCAUUGUUGUCGCUGUUACGGGCGAUUCGCAGAAUGCGCUCAUGAUCCAUGCCGCUCAGUCCGGUUACCUUUCCGACACUUAUGUCUGGCUUCUCAUGGGCGACGGAAGCCAGUUGCCAAAAGCUGUUCAAACCUACAACGAUGACAUUGUAAUGAACAACAAAAAUGGCUCGAUCUUGUCGUUUAAUUCCACAUUUACCGGUGUCUUUGCCUUUGAUAACUGGCUCUUCCUGUAUGACUACCCGCCUUUUGAAGCCUUUCUCGACGACUGGUCCCGCCUUAGCCCCGUCGCUUAUCCAUUUGCGGGUCGUCGCAAUAUUUCAACCAAUGAAGGAUUAGCCUAUUCAUGUAUGAUGGUGAUGGCCCAAGGGUUUCGUAACACCAUUUCACAUAUCGGGAAUUACACUUACGGCCUAGAACAACUUGCCACGGGCGGUUUAGGCGACUCGCUUACCCCACCUGCAUUCAACGUAGGCUAUGUUGGGCCGGAAGGACCCAUGACCUACGACAGUAACGGCGAUCUUACGGCAGGGAACUAUAUUGUGUACAAUUUUCAGCACGGGAUUCGGCAAACCAUUGGCACCAGUAUGGCGGGAAGGCUCAACUUGACCGGUACACCCAUGUAUCAUGACGGUACUUCCAAGCCUCCCCUUGAUUUUCCACCUAGUCUGUCACUCAAUCCGGAUUUUUCAUCACCAAUUGCUCACGUUAUUCUCGCCGUUUCUGCCUUGGGCGUCUUGUUUUCUCUUGGCAUGUUCAUUCUGGUCCUCAUUUUUCGAAAACACGAGGUUUUUAAAGCGGCCAGUCCAUUGUUUUGUUGCUUGGAGCUGGUCGGUUUCAUCCUGACUUACUUAUCGGUGACCUUGUUAAUCGGCAACCCCACCACGGUUACUUGCAUUUUGACUCCGCUGGCCUUCAAUUUAGGGUUUCUUUUGGUGCUCAGCAACUUGAUUGCAAAGAAUUACCGCAUUUACCGAAUUUUCAAUAACGUUUACAUUACACGCACCGUCAUCACCGACAGUCAAUUGAUAAGAACCGUAUCCUUGGUCGUCGGCGUCGAUAUGGUAAUUCUGGCCAUUGGGAUGAUCAUCAGUACCCCUGCCCCUUUGAAAGUGGACGUAUCCUUUUCCAACCAUUAUUGGACAUGUCAGACAAGACAAGGACCACGAUUGGCGUUCAUGAUAUUGUUAUCAAUUUACGCGGCAGGAUUGUUGUUGUUCGCGACAUUUCUGGCGUACAAAACCCGACUGGCCGGACGUCACUAUACCCGUUACAGUGAAUGUAAACAAAUGGGAUUAUCCGUAUACAAUAUUCUAUUUUCAUCCUUGGUGGGAUUUGCGAUUAUUGUGAAUCCGAUGGGCGAUUACUAUACGAAGUACUACAUUAGCGUGAUCACGGUGCUGUGGGCGACGUCGUUUUCACUGCUGGUUCUAUUCUUACCCAAGUUGCACGCCUUUGUGAGCCAAUGGCGUCGUGAGGAAAAGGCGAAAAGAAAAGAUGGCGACAUGGCAUCACCGCGGCUUCAGUUGUACAACAUGUAUCGGUCGAGCACGGCGGUGGUCGGUGGCAUGCAACAACCGCAGCAGCACGAUUCUCAACAGGAAACCGCGGAAAUACUAAGUCUGGAUCGCAUGCUCGGCUCGGAUCUUCCUGUCAUGACGUCUUCGUGUGACGCUACGCCCGGCAAGGCUAGCAUGGUGAGUUUGACGACGCAAUGUCCGAAAGAGAGCGGGUCGUGUAUUGAGGUGCAUGAAGGCCGUAUGCCGAUUCGCAAAGUGUUUCGGUACUUUCCUUACCUUGCGCAGUGGGAAAUGCAGCACAUCAUGGUGUUUCCUUGGCUCGGCUAUUUCUCGCAUUUUUCAGAACGCGCCAAAACGGGGACGGUGAUGUCAUACAGCCAGGCGACGGUGCAUUCAGCCCAGCUCGAAGAUUAUGUGCUCAAAGUACACGGACAAGGACUCUACGACAUGUAUAUUCAAGUAUCGAGUCUGGCGGCCAUGGAAACAUGGCAACGAUGUUUCAAUCGACGUCUUCAGCAGGAAUCGCUGUUCUUCCAACAGCCUACGCAUUCUUCUUCCACUCCGCCACCCACGGCCCCAGCGGAAACGGGAUCCACGGAAGAUAUCGCCAGUGUCGCCGACGGCCAAGAACCGUCCCGACCUUCCAAACCCAAUGAUUCGCUGGCUAUGCUUAAUUUAUCCCAAGACCAUUUACUGGUCCGCCACGAAAGCGAACACACAUUGGACACUUUGGGCAACAGUAACCUUACCUUACCCCACUACCCUGUCACUCGUCGUUCUUCCAAGGACCCAUCUACCUUCAACUAACCCUUCCACCCCUCCCUCCUCUUUUUUUUAUGUAACACAUCAUUCGUUAUCUUAUCCUUUCAUGCAUUUUAUUGUUUUCUUGUCUCAUACUCAUACAUUAGCUUCUUCUCCCGUCCCCUCUUUUUGUUCUCUUGUAUCAUAUUUUAUUCCGCAUCGGAUAAUCUCUUUUCAAUCUUUGCCCUAGCCGGAUUGAAUCUCAGUUAAAAAGAUCUGAUAAGAUUGACAAUCUGAUAAAAAAUUCCGGUGGUGACCAAUGACUCAAGCCAAGCGAAAAAUGAGUGCAUUCGGAAUGAUAUUACGUCAUGAACUAAUUAUUCGCGGGGAUGCCGAUGAUUUUAUUACAGAAAAUGGUAUUUUUUGGGGGUUUUUAUACAAAAAUGAGUUGGCAAGAUGGGAUGUCACAGCCACCACGAAGAAAAAGGGGGGAGUUGAGUUAAAUAAGAAAGAUGACACACGGUCGAAAGUGGGUCACCCAAAACAAAGGCAUCCCAAGCAGGGUUCGCAAAAAGGGAAAUAAGAGAUUCCGGGGGGAUAAAAAAGAAAAAAAGAAGUGAAAUGGUAUCAAGAUCAUGGAGGGGGAGGGUUUUUUGUGAUGGUGCAAUAUUUAAAUUUUUUUCUCUUAUUUUAGGGUUUUUUUCUUAUGUACAGUGCGAGCGAGUGAUGAAUG